UACAAAGAGAAGUUGAUUCCAUAUUUUCUGGAUGUAUUGAGGGGUUUACCAAAGGCUGAGUGGCUAAGUGUGCCUGAUGGCAUCAAUGUUUACAGGCUACCUCAGGCUGAAUGUUUCAGUUUUUCUCUCAACACAAUACUCAGUGAUGUGGCAUUACAAGACUCUGAGUCCAGAGACAAGAUAAUAUCUACCCAGUUGGAGGUGAUGGAAACAUUGUGUUCAAUGUGUGAAGGGAAGAAAGAAAUAUCUAAAAAUAUGCUAUGCAGUUGUAUUGUUCCGAUCAUGUUAGGACUUGGUCGUGCUCUAGGCAGGUCCAGUGACGAGCGGGAAUCUCUUAUAUCUCAACUGUUUGCCCCUGACAAACCUCUACCAUGUCAACCAACACCACAAGUUAAAGAUGAACGUGGCAAAAGUUUCACAUCGUUUAGACCAAUUUUACCAAGGACGUUAUCUACUCAUAUGAUUGGGACACCAGACACGCCCUCGACUCCCUCGGGACUCUCAGAUUAUUUUGACACACAAAGGGAGCGUACACCUUCACCAAACUUAGCUUCCCCUGUGAAGACAGCAUCUCCACCUGUGAAGAUAGAAAAUCCAGACUUAAAACUGAUAUAUUUCAAUAGAUGGGGUUCAACAUUUACAAAGAUCCGUCCUUGGGGGUUUGAGAUUAUACCAGAGCAAGAACAUCUUGUUUUUACAAUCAACCAUUUACAUAAGCUUUUCGAUAUUGCCAAGGUGCUGCUAGAUAAGGCACUGUUGAAAAGACUUGAUGAUUUCCUGGAAGAUGCACAUUCUGAAAGCGAGAAUGGUUUGAUGUCAAAGUUUGUGUAUCAGACCUUCAGUGAGGUUUUGAUUCUAGUGUUGGUGACAGCAUUACGUGACAUCAUGGAGCAGGAAGCAGAGAUGCCAGAUUCCUUUAUGGAUGAGGUAGAGGAUUAUGUGAAGCAGAUGUGGGGAGGUAUACAGCAUGAUCUAGAGAAGAGACCAGCACAAGGCAGUAAAGAAGCAAGAAGUCGUGUAGAUGUCAGUCCAUAUGAGCUACUUGUAUACAGCGGGGCAGCUUGUAUAGAUAUCAUGUUCUGGUCAGUUAGGCUAGAAUCAGAUGCAGAAAAUUUAUGUUUACAACUGACAGAAAAGAUCUCAACAAAUACUGAAAAAAGACUUCUUCUGUCUCAUGCUCCUAUACUCUUGGUUGGAUUAGAGUCUAUAGGUAAACUAGCUGUGAAGUUUCCAAACCUAGCAUCAUCAAUGGUUUCCUCUCUGAGAGAUUUUCUUGUAACUCCUUCACCUAUACUGAGCAAGCUGAACAAGUAUGCAAAUCCAAGUGCACGUGCAAACAUCACAAUCACUGUGACAGAUGAGACACGCAGUAGUCAAAGGAAAUCAGGACCAAUAGAUAAACUUACAAAAACAUUACAAAAUGUGUUGGAUUGUGCAAUAAUGAAUAUUUGCAGGGCAUUAAAAGCUGGUUUGAAGACAGAUCCACAAUGUGUGCAGGCAUUCCUGGCAUCAAUAUCUAAUCGUCUUUAUAGAGCAGAAAUGAGUGAUAGGCCGAACAUGAGUGCAGAGGCACGUUGGAGUCAGCUUAAACUUGUAAUGAAGUUUAUUCGUCCAACUGUACACAAGAUGAAACCUGAAGAUUUAGAAAGGGAGUCAACAUUGAUAUCUACCAACACUAUUCUAACACUGGGACAUGUAGCGGUUUCUCUAAGGGACACACCAAAGACAGUAGAAUCUGUCCUGCAGAUAUUUCAACAACGUUUCUGUUCACCACCAUCACCACUGGAUGUCCUGAUUGUUGACCAGCUUGGAUCUAUGAUUAUGGCAGGAUGUACCUGUAUAUACCAGGAAGUGAUGGCCAUGUUUACACAGAUCAGUAUUAUAAGCAGUAGUCCAUACACUAACUCAGAAAAAGAUGAAAAGGUGAAAGGUUACAGACAAGUGUCAUCAGCUGUAAUCAAUGCCUUCGCCAACAUUGCUGCAAAUAUCACUGGGGAUGAUAACCAACAAGAUUUUCUUAUCCGGAUACUUGAACUGUUUGUAAAUCUUGGCCUAGAAGCUAAAAGAGUCAGUGAAAAACAUUCAGGGCUCAUUCAGGCAUCAAGCAGUGCUGGUAACCUUGGAGUCUUAAUCCCUGUCAUAGCAAUGUUAAUGAGAAGGAUGCCAACAAUCAUUGAUGCGAAGCAGAGAUUACAGAAGUUAUUUCGGGACUUCUGGCAGUACUGUGUGGUGUUUAAGUUUGCGGAGGACACAGGUCUGUGGCCGCAUGAUUGGUAUGAGGGUGUGUCUCAGAUAUCCAUCUCGUCCCCUUUACUUAUAUCUGAAGGUCAUCUAAGAUCAGAGCUCUUGUUUAAUGUAGCGUUGAGAAAUGAUACAGUGUCACUGGCGGAGUUGAAUGAGCUGCGGAUUAACAUAUGUUCAUGGCUGGGCAAUAAACCAGAGAUUGACCAGUAUGUGAAAAACCUGACCUUCUCACAGUGCACAUACCUACUGUCAGUAUAUAGACUGGAAAUGUUAAGGGUGACAAAUUCUGAUGAUCCGAAAGCAUUUCAUGGAUUGUUUCGUUACUUAGAGGAUAACGUUAUACACAAAGAUAAAGCUGGUAUGUGGUUCUGUAUACAAGCAGUGGCAGAUAAAACAUUUGACAAAUUCCUUGAUGUCACCUCAGAGAAGGAGCGUACUGACAGACGCGAACAGGAACUUGAGAUGCAUGCUCAGUUUUUACUGGUCAAGUUUAACCACGUACACAGUCGUAUCAGGAGAGUCGGUGAUAGAUAUUUUGCUGCACUUAUAGACAAAUUUCCACAUUUACUAUGGAGUGGAAAUGUGUUGAGGACAAUUCUGGAUUUAUUACAGUUACUCUCAAAGUCUCUUGAAAUGGAUCCUCACCAACAUGCCCCUGAAUUCACAGUGCCAGGUACAGACUAUAUACUACAAGUGAAAGAUAAUAUGAUAGACAGAGAGAGAAUUGUGAAAGAUUUUGCGUUACAAAGCUCCAGAAUUCUUCAGGAGGCCAUAAAGUGGGCACCUCAGAUUACACGUUCACAUCUUACAGAAUAUUUAUUAGAAAUGGAGAACACAUCCCAGGGCCUCUUCCAGCACAGUGGUCUUGCCAUGGCAACAGAAAGUGUUCUAAACUAUGCUGGGUUCAACAGAAGUGCAGCUGCCCUUGGGCUUGAUAUUCAAACCACAUUGGAGAGUUCUACCUUAGAGAGACGUCCAAAAUGUGUAACAACUGACAGUUCUAGUUUUAUGGCAAGUCUCAGUUUACGUAGCAGGUUUAUGGGAGAGAUAUCUGGUAUGAGAAGUAUAAGUAAUGAUGAAGACCUGGUCAAGUUAUUGUGUGACAGACUAGAUAAAGCAUGUUUAGAUACUGUUAAAAAAGAGAGAUUUCUGAUGAUUCACGGUGAUGUAGAGCAGUGUAAACAAGCCAUGUUCAGAGUGAGCUCUCUACUUAUCUGUAUGGAAGAUAUAAACAAAGUGUUAUUACAUGCCCUAUGCUGGACACCAGUAAAACAUUUUACCAAGAUGACAAUGAAAGCAGCAGUGUCAUGCUGGGAGUGGAUCCUGGCUGCCAAGCCACAGUGGAGUAUUGAGUUUGUAUGUGAGAUGGCUGCAGCUUGGCAACUAACUAUAGACAUGAAGUUAGGAAUAUUUCGAGAUGAUAAACCUAGAUCUGAUCCCCUUGCUAAAACAGAGGGUCAGGUAUUACAUCCUGAUGCACCAUAUGUUGAACCUCACAAUAUCUGGGUCAAGUUUUUGCAAGAACGUCUUGAAAUAGUACGAUACAGCAGUCUGUGUGAAGUGAGUAUUUUUGUAACACUGAUCAAUAAAUCCUUGUUACUUGGAGUUGGCAGAAAUCCUUCACUGAUAUCAAGGCAUCCAGCUGCAAUGGGAGCAAGAUUGGGAUUACUACAUAUGGGUCUAUCCUUACUGCAGGGAAAUAACCUACCUAACAAUGUCAUCAAAGGAGUUCUCAGAGAAAGGGUCUAUAAUACUGCACUAGAUUUUUAUGCAGGGCCAGUGAUAUGUCCCACACAACGAGGGUCAGAUCUGAGAGAGGACGUUAUAACAUGUGUCAAGUUCUGGAAUGUUGUACAUCAAGACAAGAAAUAUCUGCAUGAGAAUAUAUUCCAACCUCCUAUAGAGGAGAAAGAGAUGGAUGAUUUCUCCAGUGUUAACCAGAUGACAAUAUCCAGUAGUCAGUCUAAGAAAUGGCUCAUGUCUAUAAAUAGUGGGGUUUCAUCAGUCUCCAAGAGAUCUACCAGCAGCAGAAAGCAGAAUCAACAAAACAAUACAUAUUUGAGAGAUUAUAUUAGAAAAAGGGGUCUUCUUCUUACAAUGCUGGCAAGUACUGUAGAACUGUUCACAACAUGGCACAAUCCAAUGGAGUUACUAGAGCUUAAAGUUAAGGAUGAGGAGAAAGCCUUUGCUUGGAAUACUGUUAUAUCAGAGAAACAAUGGCGGGAUUAUGCUAGACUUGCCUGGGAAAUCUCUCCAGUCCUUGCUGUCUUCUUCCCAUCUAGGUUCCGUAACUCUGAUGCACUGAGGAUAGAAGUGACAAGACUGGUGAGGAAUAAUCCUCUAGCUGUGAGCAACAUUCCUGAAGCUAUCAAAUUUGUUGUUACACCUAGCAGUGUUGAGUCAGAUUCCCCAGAGUUAAGCCAGAUAUUGACAUGGUGUCCUAUAUCACCAUUGGUAUGCCUGUCCUAUUUUUCACGACUGUUUCCACCCCACCCGCUCACUGCUCAAUGUGCAGUCAAACAGCUUCAUAAUGCACCUACAGAAGCAUUGUUAUUUUACAUUCCCCAGCUGGUGCAGGCAGUAAGAUAUGAUACUAUGGGCUAUGUGACAGAUUUUAUACGCUGGGCAGCCAAGAAUUCUCAGUUAUUAGCUCAUCAGUUACUAUGGAACAUGAAAACUAACAAGUUUAGAGAUGAGGAGGGCUUGGAGAGAGAUGCGGAGAUUGGAGAACAGCUGGAGAUUUUAAUGCAGGAGAUACAAGACCAGCUCUCUGGUUCUGCUCUACAAUUCUACCAGAGAGAAUUUGACUUCUUUGGACAGAUCACAGAUAUUUCUAGGAUCAUCAAGCCAUUCCCUAAAGGUCCAGAGAGAAAGAAGGCAUGUCUAGAAGCUUUAAGUAAAAUACAGUUACAACAUGGAUGUUAUUUGCCAUCAAAUCCAGAGGCUAUAGUGAAGGAAAUAGACUAUAAAUCUGGAACACCCAUGCAAAGUGCUGCAAAAGCUCCAUUUUUGGCACGAUUUAAAGUAAAGCCAUGUGGUAUACACCAGUUAGAAGACCUGGGUUUGAGCAACACUGAAGGUGAGGGGAAUGAGAGGAGACAAGUAUCAGCUAUGGUAUGGCAGGCAUGUAUCUUCAAGGUGGGCGAUGAUGUUAGACAGGACAUGUUAGCACUACAAGUCAUUAGUCUCUUUAGGAAUAUAUUUGAACAGACCGGCCUUGAUCUCUAUCUAGCUCCAUACAGAGUGGUUGCCACAGCUCCUGGGUGUGGUGUUAUAGAGUGUGUACCUGACAGUAAAUCACGUGAUCAGAUUGGUAAAGCUACAGAUAUCAGUCUAGAUCAGUAUUUUAUACAGAAAUAUGGAGAUCAGGAUACUCCAUCAUUCCAAGAUGCAAGGAGAAACUUCAUUAUGAGUAUGGCAGGAUAUAGUUUGAUCAGUUUUCUGUUACAAAUAAAAGAUAGACACAAUGGAAAUAUAAUGAUAGACAGUGCUGGACAUCUUAUACAUAUUGAUUUUGGAUUUAUGUUUGAGAGUUCACCAGGUGGAAAUCUGGGCUGGGAACCAGAUAUGAAGCUAACAGAUGAGAUGAUAAUGAUAAUGGGAGGUAAAAUGGAGGCAGAACCAUUCCAGUGGUUCAUGGAACUAUGUAUACAAGGCUACCUUGCUGUUAGACCGUAUCAGGAUGACAUUAUUUGUCUGGUAUCAUUGAUGUUAGAUACAGGACUGCCGUGUUUCCGUGGUCAGACAAUUAAACAAUUACGUCAGAGAUUCCAGCCUAACUCUAACGAGAAGGAAGCAGCCAAGUAUAUGACUGAGAUAGUAAGAAAGUGUUACUUGAGUUGGUGGGCCAAAUCAUAUGAUGCUAUACAGGCAGCACAGCAAGGCAUCUUUCAUUAAUCUAUACAAACAAACUCUUUAACCACCAGCUUUGAUGAUGUCAAGUCUUAUACCUCAUUAAUGCAAUCCGACAUUAUAACUGCAGUUUUAAUGUAAUGAAUUAGAACUCCUUCACUUUAAAGUGGAACAAUAAUAAGCCAAUCAUAGAAUUAUACUCUGCAGUAAAAUAUGUUAUGGCGAUGAAAUACAAAAUUUUUAUCGUUUUACUUUUAACAGAAACUUUUUCUAUUCAUUUUAGUAUAUUUAUUUGCUUGAAUAUAUAUGUAUUUCAUCAGUGUAUGAUAAAUUGAACAAAAAAUGUAUUCCUGUUGUAAAAUAGAGAUUAUGAUAUUAGCUCACCAGAGCACAAACUGCCCUAUAUGUGAAGUAAGAAAUUUUUGAUUGUCUAAUGUCUGUUGUCUGGUGAGUGUUGUCAUUCAGUGUUCACAAUUUCUUUAUAGGCACAUUACGCCUCAGAAAUUAGUACAAAAUGCAUUGAGAGCUUGUUAGUUACUUACGAGGCAUAUUUACUUCUGAAAUAGUUUGUCAUAAUACAUGUAGCAAAAUAUAAAUAAAGCGUUACUUGUCUUCCAUACAAAAUACUUAAUCACUUUAACUUAACAAAUAAGCCAAAAACCAAAAGAUGGUUAACAGAAUAUUAAAAUAAAAUGUUUUUUGAGAAAUAAAAAUGAUAAUUAUUACAUUUAUUUUUAUAAUGGCCCUUUACACAAUAUUUACUUAUUUGCUUUAAAGUUAAACCCACAUAUGGUGAAUUUUUAUCAAAGUUGAGGGGAAUCAUCCUCACUGAACAAAACUUUAAAAAAACUUUAAUAAAUUGAUCAGUUCUAGUCAGAUGCAUAUGCAGUUUUACAGAAGUUAAAAUAAACUAUUGAAUGAUAUCUUAAAAAAUCUUAAAGUUAGAAACAAAGAGUCCUAGAGCUAACAUGCUUUUAUCAAGUAUAACCUAAUACAUAUACAUGUAGUUGCUUAAAUCAUUUAAGUAAAACUAUUUAGAACGAAGCAUCGCCAUGUGAACUGAUAAAAAUUUAUAUGCAUUAUAGACAAAUCGGCAAAAUUGUCUUUUCCUUUGGAACUUUAUAUCUUCUUCUCCAUUAACUCUGGUGAACAGUAUGUAUUCUUUUGAGCGUCUUUUUAAUUUUAUCAACAUAGUAUGUUGUCAAAAAUGUGAUAUAUUAUUAUUAUAGCUAUUGUAAUCAUGUUGAUGUUUUAUUGUAUGAGAUGUGGGUCCUGUGCAAUACUAUGUGAUACAUUAUUUCUUUUCUGAAAAACCAGUGUUGUCCGUGCAGAGAAUCUGGUAUUGUAAAUGAUUCUAUUUUCCAGAACUACUUUAUGUCACCCACCAUAAAAUUUAGGGGCAUGCACAAUCGGAUUUCCAAAAAAUCAAGAAGAAAUCUACAUAACCAUCGUGAGAUGACGUUGUGUUUAAUGCAUGCCUAUGAAAAACGAUAAAUCUAAUAUUCAAUAACUAUUGUCCUGUAGACACAUGUUUAGUUUUAACUUGCAGACUUUGAUUUUAUAGAAAGGAAUACAAAUUUAUUCAUGCUCUUUCUUUUCCUGCUAAAUAUAAUAUGAAAAAUAUUUCAGGUCAUCUUAAGAAAAUUACACUGUAUGGAUAUUAUGUUUAAUAAUAACAUGCAUCACCAAUUAAACAUUUAUGUUAUGUACCAAUGUAGAUCAAUUUAUCUAGUAAUUUAAAGAAUUUUCUAGAGAACACCAUGUUGUACAUGUUUAAAGUGAACUAUUAAACUAUGUACCCUUAAACUGAAAUAAAACCUUUGACAAAAUUCUAA